UCAAACCUUAAAGAAUAUUUCUUGACAGCAGUAGGAUGAUGGCCGCAGAGCACCUCCAAGUUCAGCAGGAGCUGACUCCUUGGACAAAUGAGCUACCAGUCAGCGUGGAGUGGUACCCAUGGGAAUAUGAUGCAUCACCGCCAACCCUGCCUGAGCUGUGUGAAAAGAAGGCCAUCCGUGCUGUGGCACAUAUCUACCUCCCAGUCACGGCCAUCCUGUUCUGUGUGCUGGGUGUCCUUGGUAAUGGGAUGCUGUUGCUGGUUCGCAUCCGUUAUCACACGGUCCAGUCCUUAGGCGAUGUCCUCCUCUUGCACUUGGCUAUCUCUGACUUACUGCUGCUCCUGACACUGCCAGUGGGUGUGGCGGAGAUGGUGGGUACUUGGCACCCGAGCAGUGCCACAUGCCAGGCCCUGCUGGGUGUCCAUGCCCUUAACUCCUACAGUGGUUUCCUGUUCCUCAUGGGCCUCACCAUAGACCGCUACGUAGCCAUUGUGCGGGCUCCCAUCGCCCACCGCCUACGUCCUGCCGCCACCUGUUGGGGCAGGCUGACCUCAGGGGUGUUGUGGCUGCUCUCGGCUGCUCUAGCAUUGCCCCACUUCAUGUAUGCUCGCGUCGAGCACUAUGAAGGCUUUCACCUCUGCAGGGUGGCAGAUGUCACAGUGACCGUUAGCCUGGUACAAGUGUCCUUUGGCUUUGUUCUCCCCUUUGCAGUCAUGAUGGCCUGCUAUGCAGCAAUUGUCCGCGCUCUCUUGUCUUAUCCUUGUGCCCAAUCUCACAAGGCAUUGCGGCUGAUCUUGGCUCUGGUCUUGCUCUUCUUGGCUUUACAAUUACCUUAUGCUCUACUCACCUUACUGGACACAGCUGAUUUGAUGGGGCACCAGGCAUCAAGCUGCACAGUAAUCCUCCGCCGGGACCUUGCCCUCCUCAUCACCAGUGGCUUGGCCUUUGCUCGCUGCUGCCUAAACCCUGUGCUUCACACCUUUCUGGGUGUACACUUCCGUACGGACCUACAAAGGCUGAGUAGGGAUUUGGGCUGCCUGGGGCAGUGGAUGUGCUGUAGCAAAAAGUCCAGGAGCUGCAGCCGGCAAGCAUCAUUCACCACCUAUCUGGAAGGAGUAUCGGGAGCAGCACCAUGAAGACAUGGGCCCUGCUCAACUGGGAAGAGUUCUGCCAUGUUGGAAGACCUGCUUGAGUCCUUUAGGAGGCAUUCAUACCACACCCAGCACGCUCUGGGGCUCUGGAGAAGUUCAUAUUCCUCUCUCUCCCAUACACAUGUGUUUCCUGCCAUCUUUUGACAAUAAAGCU